AUGAACCCCCAACAAUGGCCCAUGUUUCGAUUCAGCCGAGUCAACCCUCGACUCUCUCAUAACUCUUAUUAUCGCCAUUUCUCUACAUCCACGAUCCGACCAUACCGCCCCCUCGACGUCCUCCACGAUGGCAGCGUCAACACGUUCCGCCAAACAAGCUUCAUCCCCGAGCAACCAGGCAUCCUCCCACGCUCGCACUUCCAAUCCCUGCCCGCGAGGACUCGCUGGUUCGAUCCGAGCGAACAAGGUCUAUCUCGUCUAAACACGGAAUACCUGCGCAACCAUGGCGCCGAAGCGGUCGUGCCGCUCGAACUGACCGAGCAACCCACCGAGACAACCGACGAGCUGAGCUUCCGACACUUCCACGCACCUCUCUCCCUCUUCCUAGACUGGCUCCAGAUUGCCGAGGAAUCUCAGCAAUCGACGCGCCUCUAUCUCGCCCAAUGCCAGCUCCUCGAUCUCCCUCCGACCCUGUGCCAGGAUCUGCCUACGCCCGACAUCGUGGCGCAGGCUGGCAGGGGCGAUGUGUACGAUACAAACCUGUGGAUUGGAUAUCCGCCUACAUACACCCCACUACACCGCGAUCCCAACCCGAAUCUCUUUGUCCAGCUGGCGGGACAGAAAGUUGUGAGACUGCUCCCUCCUGUGGAAGGGCAGGCUCUGUUUGGGAGUGUGAGACGGGAGCUGGGGAAGAGUGGUAACCGGGAGGCAGCGGCGUUUCGGGGAGAGGAGAUGAUGCAGGGUAGAGAGCGGGCGUUGCUGGAUCAUAUGGUUUGGGACACACCUGCGGAGAAUGGGUAUGAGGCGUUACUUGGUGCGGGCGAUGGCCUGUUUAUUCCCAAAGGGUGGUGGCAUAGCAUCAAAGGCAUCGGCGAGGGUGUUACUGCUUCGGUGAAUUGGUGGUUUCGAUGA